ACUUCAAAAAGCAAAAUACUCAAAUCUAAGCAACCAGAAGUGAAGAGACAUCUGUCUCGGUACAAAAUUGUUACUACAGUUUCAUAAAGGGUUCCACUUUCAAAAUCUUCAAGAAAUCAUUCUCAAAUGGAUUUUGCCAAAUUUAUGAGCCGAACGUGGAAAUUGUUCGUAGAGCAGGAAGACAUUGGUCCAUGGGAGCGGAGGGCCAAUUUCUUCUUCGAUACCGACGAAAAAUUUCGUCUGGAAACGGUGAUUUUGAGUGGCCUCAUUAUUGUGAUGGCUUUCCUGUUGAUUUUGCUCUCGUGGAUAUGCUCCAGACGAUAUCGCAAAAAGAACAAUAUCGAUCUUCAAAAAAAUGCGGAAAUUAUUAGUCAUGUGGAAAACAACCGAAAACAUCUCAAAGAAGUCGCAAAUUUGCUCACGCAUUCAAAGAAUAUACAAUGCUUUGUAAAACAUCCUUUGCUGAAACCAUCAUCACUACAUAUGAGAGCUAACGAGGGAACAAUUGAAAUCUGAUGGUACAAUUUUAUUUAUAUACUGCAAAUAUAGUACAAAAUUCUAGCACUCCACUAUGAACGAGUGAAAAGGAAU